AUGACUGUUUAUAUUCGAUUUCUUGAGGUUGAAAACUUUGAGCCAAAGCCGCUUAGAAGUUUAGAUUACACCUUUAGUGCUAACGAAGCUGGAAAUAGACACACAACAUACUUUUACACCGAAGGACCAAAAUUAGAUUUCAAAAAAUACGUCCUAGCAGUAAAUAUUACUAAAAAAGACUCGGAAAUAAUUCUUCAUAUUCAAGAUGGAGAUUAUGACCUCGUCAAACAGAUUGCAUUACUAAGAGUUCCCCUUUCUUCACUUCCAAAAGACAGAGUAUGUACCGCUUCUUUAAAAUUUAUUAACAUUAGAAUGUAUAGUCCUCCAGAGUUCGAGAUUAUGUUCCAUUAUGAUACAAUAGGUGCCAGAAAAUUCGAAGCUGAUGACGAUGAAUUUGAUUAUAAGGUAUUUAAGAAAUGUUAUGAUAAGCAAAUGGAAUUUUUUAAUAAGUCAAGAGAAAUGAGAUUACAGAAAAUGCAUCAAAAGCAAUCAAUCAAAACUCGAAAUCUACAAUCAAAGAAAAGACCUUCAUCAAUAAAAAAUACGGAAGAAGAAGAAUAUGAUGAAGGUGAUGAAGAAUGGGCUGACGUUCCUACCGAUGAAUUAGAACAGCAACAUACUUUUCCACAAUUCCGAGCCCCCGAUUCAAGUAUUUGUUUAGACGAAAUUAACCUUAAGACAAUUGCUCCAGAAUUAACAACCCUGAGGAGUGUUUAUGUACCACCACCAAAUGUUGUUUUCAGGCCGCCACAGCAAACGGCUCAGAGCAUAACACCAUCUUUUCCUGCGCUGAAUUCUCUUUAUUCUCCAUCAAUGCAGCAAGGACAAUAA